UAAAUAUCGAGUUUAUCGCUCUCCACCUCAAACGCUUUCUUUCUUGUUCUUGGUUUAGGGUUUUCUUCACCCAUUAGGGUUAGGGUUCAAUUUUCCCCUUUUCAAUCCCCAAAUCAAAAUUCAAUCAAAACCUCAAAUUUCUCACCUUUUCUCACUCAAUCAUCAAUCAAGAUGACGGGAAAAGCGAAGCCAAAGAAGCACACGGCGAAGGAGAUCCAAGCCAAGGUUGACGCGGCGCUAACGAAUCGCGGCGGAGGAAAAGCCGGUUUGCUUGAUCGGAUCGGCGUUGAAAAGGGUGGACACGCCAAGUGGGAGUGCCCUCACUGCAAAAUCACAGCACCUGAUGUGAAAUCGAUGCAGAUUCAUCAUGAUGCUAAGCAUCCAAAGAUCCCUUUUGAAGAAGAAAAGCUUGUUAACAAACAUGCUUCUACCGCUGCUCCUGCUGAAUCCUCCAAGCCUCGCCCUGGUGUUCGUGGUAGCCUCAAAAAGUGAUCUUUAUCAUCAUCAACAUCAUCGUGUGACUUUAAUCGACCCUUCAUUCAUGGCUUUUACUAUAUGUUCUAUUUUGUAAUCUUUUUCUUUUCAAGUUGUCUUUUUUUAGAGGGUUUUUGAAUAAUUUGUCAAAUGGGUAUGCUUAGGUACUUUUAUGUCUUUUUAAUAUCAAAAUGAUGCAUUUUGGAUAUGAAUGUUGUUAUGAUGCUGUCUAUGAAGUGGUGCUGAAAAGGGUUGUUGAUGGGAAUUGGAUUCAGUUGUGCUGUUAUUGAUUUGGCCCUUCUUAAAACCUUGAAUGUAAUAUAUUGUUCCCUGGAUGGAGGUUAAUAUGAUGGUGCUACUAGUUACUACUA